AAGCUGUAAUAUUGAUUUAAAUAAUUUAAAAUUAAUUAGCUAGUUAAUUUCCUGUAAGAGUAUAUGUCAAGGUCAAAAGUGAAUCAAUGAAUGCGUGAAUGACCUCUUGUAAAUAACAAUUUAUGAAAGCUUAUAAUUUAGUGAAGCAGUCUGACCCUGUUACAAUUACCGAAGGAGAUCUAGAGUCAAAUAUAUUUUUUUUGAAGAAAGUCUGCACUGUCAAUACUACAUUAAUAGCGACAGAUUAAUAAAUAAUGACAGCAUUGACUUGGUUGUAAAAGUUCCUUGAUCUAAAAAGGACAAUGCAAAAUUAAAUAAUUACCGGAUCGAACGAAAAAGGAGUUAUUGAAUCGAGUGUUGAUUUAAUGAUUCAAUGACGAGUGCCAGUAGACAAAGAAAAUUAAAAGAAAACCUCUACUCACUGUUGAUGGAAUGUGGAAGGAGUUUAUUGCUCUACUCUGUCUACAACUAAUGAGUUUGCAGUGAUCAAUUGUGUCAACAGGUUCAAUCUUUAUUUUACUCCAAUUUAUUUAAAGAUAAGCCUUUGAUAUUGAUAGUCGCAAUCGCGUGAUAAGAUUUUUUAACAAGUGUACUUACUGAUUUAUUGAUUCCAUUCUAAAUAAUUAAUAGAAAGAGACAUGGCUGAAAUUGAAAAGCCGGCAAAGUUUGGUCACGAGUCCGGGGAUCAUCCGGAUGAAGAUAAAACAACCAGCGAUAAACCAGAGACACCGACUUUGGAAACUCUGAAUGCUGAGCAUGUUGUUUACCGGAACGGAAACAGGAAUUAUCCAAACCCAAGUGAGAGCUUUGACAUUAUUGAGUUGCCUCACACAUCCAAGGAUGAAAUGAACGGACAUUUAGCGGACCCAAUAACCGAAAUAUUAGUGCCAUUAAAGUCAUUGGAUGCGAAUCGUUAUGCGACGAAAAAAACCAUCGCGCAAGGAAUGCUGGAUAUCGCUUUGCUGACAGCCAAUGCAUCUCAAUUAAAAUAUAUUUUACAGGUGGGGAAGCAGCAUGAAUUUUAUACAUUAAUGUUAACAUUAAUCUGUUUGUCAAUAGGACUCCAGAUCCUGUCGGGAUUAUUAUCGCUGUCAUUGAACCUAAUGACCGACCGGAAAAUGGAAGACUCUCGACAAGGAUACACCAUCGAGUGGAUUGGAAGAAUAAGAGUCGCCCUGAGCUUUAUUGUGUUCUUGGAUAACAUUCUGAUAGCUACCUUCGAUCCAAUGGGUCUCUCUUCGCUCAUAGCGAUCGAGUCGCCAAUCGACAAUACUGAAUUAAUUAAUUAAUUAAUUAAUUAGACGACUUUUAGUUGCUAAAUAUACCUAAAAAAAAAAACAAGGUGAUAGAAUAAGUAAUAAUAAUAAUUGACUGCUGGUUGUUGCACGUGCUGGCAAUCGGACCAAUUGCUCGUGAAAAUGCAUACUGCUUACGGAAAACAAAACUUUAAAAAAAUUACUCAGGCCGCCGUGGGUAUACUUUUCAUCGUGGUUGGUGGAUUGGAUAUUAAUCGACGGCGAGAUCAGUGGGCUGCUAAUUUUAUUAAUGACAUCAUUCUUAUUUCCGUCUUUGUCAUCAGUCUAACUAAUGUUGUCAUUUCG